AAUUAUGCGAAGAAGUGGGUGUUUUCUUAUCUCUUUUAUCCACCAUACAACUCGGAAUGCAUAGCCAUGCAAACGGCCGCCUUUAUCCGGUUCCCAUUUCGUUUCAGGCCGACCUUCUGUGUCCUAUUCUCAGUAUUCUUCUGUGGAUUUGAAACUCGAGCUCAGAAACACGAAAAAUGGCAGCUGCAGCCUGCUUGAAUUAUGGUACACCAGCCUCACUCAAGCUGCAUCAGAAGCAGCUCAAAACGGGAAACAACUGCAUGUUUGACAUAACGAUGGUGGGAAAAAGAAGCUUGAUGAUGAUGGGGGUGAGAGGGAGACAUUGUAAGGCAAACAAAAGGGUAGGGACGGUGAGGUGCAGUGGGAUAGGAAUAGGGGACUUUAUAGGAGGGGAUUUGGUGAAAUUUGAUCUGGGUCAAUGGCUGUCGGAUGUGGAAGAGCACAAAGCCCUCGCCAUUUACACCCCGCAUGAGGGAGGCUACGAGGGUCGAUACUUUACACGACUCCGAUACCAGGGAUACUAUUUCCUCGACCUCACUGCUAGAGGCCUUGGAGACCCUGAGACCACCCUCACCAAGAUUCACCCUGUUUGCCCUGCACAUUUAGGAAAACAGCCCAUUGCGAGGUGGUAUUUCCCACCGGAGGUUGAUUACAGGCUCGAUGCACUGCCUCCAGAUGCCAAAGGACUUGUGGUGUGGAUAAUUGAAGCCAAGGUUCUUUCCAAGUCGGAAUUGCAGUUUCUCGCUCUGCUUCCCUCGCUGCGGCCCAAAGUCAGGGUCAUUGCUGAAUGCGGUAACUGGAGAAAGUUUAUGUGGAAGCCACUCAAAGAGAUUGCGGGACUAACUGAGAUUAAGGAAGUAUGACAACACAAAGACCUACACAGAGAAUGUCGGCAUAUUCUGUGUCCGGCUUUGCUCUGAUCGUCCUCUCAGCUUAAGGCAUCUAUAAUGCACGGCAUGUGGGACAAAAGGUCAAGAAGAUUUUAAUGGAGGACAGGAAACAAUCCAGAGCCCUUGCAAAUCAUUAACCAAGCAAGUACUAUGUUCUUCUUGAACUGAUGUAGUAUAAAGUAAAGAAUAUAUUUCAAUCCAAGAUGAAUCAACUAGUAGUUUCACCCUCAUGA